AAAUCACAGGCGGUCAAGGUGACAGUAAAGCGGACCAGAUAAAGGACUGUACAUGCAGAUGUGCGUGUGCGCGUGUGGAUGACACACUGAUCAUCCGCUAGACUGACGUCUCUCCGGCAGCGCGGGCAGAGGACCGCAGCCCGGCUAUUUCACAGAGUUCAGUAGAGCCAAGCAGUCGACACUCUCCUGCAGAGACACGCAGAGAGAGAGAGAGACAGAGAGAGAGACAGAGAGAGAGAGAGAGAUAGGGGGAAAAAAAAGAACUUCAGCAACGACACACUACGGUUUUGCAGCAUGUUCCACCUUUGGCAAAUUCCUUUUAAUCGCUUUCUUUCAGCAACUGCUUAAGUAUGCUGGUUUAAAGGUUAUUUCUGAUUUCUUGAACCGAUUUUUUUUUUUCUGUUGGAAGCGUUCGUCUUGUGUGUGUGUGUUUUUUGUUCUUCCUCUUCCUCCGGCUGAUGUACAAACGGUGUCCUCUCUAAACUGGAAUGAUGUGGACCUCUCAUGACACUGUUGGAUUUGUUUUCUUAGCCGGAUUUUGUGUGCAAUUCGGAUUCACAUUCGAAGGACGAUUUACGGAUCUGCCCUCGAAUAUGACGGUUAAAGAGGGUCAAAACAUAGAAAUGGCGUGCGCCUUCCAGAGCGGGACCUCAUCCGUGUAUUUGGAGAUCCAGUGGUGGUUCGUAAAAACGCCGGAACCCAUUGACAGUGAGGAGGACGUCGAUGCAGAGGAGAUGGAGAUGAUACCGGAGCCUGAUCCAGAUGACGAGGGAACAAAAAUAAGUACAGUGAAGGUCCAGGGCAAUGACAUCUCACACAAGCUACAGAUCUCCAGAGUCAGCAAGAGCGACGAAGGUCUCUACGAAUGCAGGGUGACACGGGCUAACUACGGAGAGAUUGUCGAGUACAAAACUCAAGCUUGGUUGAAGGUUAAUACCACUGCCAGGCCCCGGCGACCACUGCAACCUCCCAAGAAGACCUCCCCGCUGCACCUGACUGACAAAAAGCCCAGAAAGUCAAGCUCACCUCUUGGCCAGGACAGCAUGAGCUCCGACCAGAGGGUGGCUUCCACCUCCACCUCUCACACAUCCUCCAACACAGAUAAACACAACACUGGCUCAGGCACAAGGAUAUCAACCAGCUGUGGCCUGACCAUCCUCCUUCUGCUGUGUGCUCUGCUGUGGGAUGCCUUGUUAUAAUUUGAAGAACUGACACCAUUUGCUCCCAGAUCUUGUUCUCUCGUUCUCUCUGUGCUCCCAAAGUGAGCGCGAAAAUUGCGUGUUCUCACCUCAACCCCUUCCUAUCUUCAAAACACUCCCACACCCACCAGGCAGACAGCACGGUCGGCCCGCAGUUUACCAUCCACCACUAUCUAUUGUUCCUGGGACAUCGUUAUUAGCCACCGUACACACCACAAUCACCUUUAAACCACUCGGAUUUACCUUUUGUACAGACAUCAACUGGACGCCAUCGGGGGGAGCGAGAAAAAAAAGGGACCCUGUGUCGUAGAAGGAUAGAGUCGGAGAAGGAAAGACCUUUUUAUUGUUUCGAUUCAUGUGGUUCAUUGCUUAAAAGUGAACGAGAAAAAAAAUGGAAAAUUUAUAUUUGUGUAAUAUAUAAGAUUUCAUAUAUAUUUGUUUAAUUCCAAACCCUGUUUUUGUGCUGUAUAUUUAGCUGACCCUCACCAUGUUAGACCAUGCAGUAUUAUCGUGAAAAAAGAGACCCUCAAGGACUCAUAAAAAAUCUACGUCUACAUCGAGUCAGACUGUUAAAAUUUGCCAUCAGGUUAAAGCAACAACAUUUCAAUGUUUUUUUGUUGUUUUUUUUUUUUUAUCUGUCAUUUCCAUGAUCAAACGUUGCAUCUUGUUAGUGACAGGUGUGCAUGCUUUAGGCCAAAAAAAAAAAAAAAAGAGGAAAAUUGCAGUGGCUUGUUGAUUAUUUUUCUUAAAUUAGUAUUUUAUGUCUUACCUUUGCUUAUUUGAUUUGUAUUGCCUCUUUGGUAGGAAUAAAGUAAAUGUCAAAAUUUAUGAGUCACUCCACAUUCUGACACGUGACCUUCCCAUGAUUUAUUUUAUAUCACACAAAUUCGACCGGCACGAGCACCGCUUAUUUUUAAUAUCCCUGGUAUGCCUCAUCAUUUUAGGUGGUAAAAUGCAGAUAAAGUCACGUUCUAUUAGAACAGUUUGUUUUUAGAUACAUGUACAUGCACAUUACACACAUAUUCCAUCGCAAGGCUGCUUAAUUUUAUUCUUUCGCACUGUGCUAUAAUUAUCAUAGAGUACUAGGGCCACAUUGAGAAUUGAAAAAAAAAAUCAAUGGAGUUUAAAAUUGAUUUUAUGAAGAAUAAAGUCAUAACGUUAUGAGAAAAAUCUUGUUAAUGUAUGAGAAUAAAGUUAGUAAUGUUACGAGAUUAAAGUCGAAAGUUUAGAUAAUGUGUUUUGCGAGGAGUGUAGCACACAGUGUAACCGUAUAGUGUACCCUUAAAAUAACAUUGACUUUUUCUAUAAAAAAAAAUUACGAGAAUAAUUUUGAAAUGUUAUAACAAUAAAAUCAAAACAUUUUAACUUUAUCAUCAUAAAGUUUCAACUUUUGAUUAAAAAAAAAAAGCAAAAACAUAAUAUCCUCCAUGUGGCCUAAAAACUCUGGUUUUAAUUUAGCAAAAUUUUCACAUGACACAUGUCGGAGAUUCUUAAAAUCAUCCGCUCCAAGCAUUUAGAAGCGAAAUGCUUUGACAAUCCGAAAUACAAAAGGCAGAUGUGUUCUUCUAACGUCACAGCGUAACGUCACAGCGUAACGUCAACCCCCGCAUCAUUUCCUCAACCUCUACUAAAUGGUCUCCUUUGUUAUUGACUUCAGUGCAUAAUUUCUGAAGUCAAAUUACUAAAAAAAAACUUCAAACAAUUUAUAUUCACAUUGUUUUUAAGAUUUAAGAUGAUUAAUUUAGGACUCAACAGUCAUGUUAAUAAUUUAAAAAAGUUAUCCACAGGGAGAGUAAACCUGAAAACCUGAAAGUGAAAUCUUUGAAUCUUCUAUCAUCAUAGUAUUGGAAGUAUCUAGAUGUCCAUAAGUUGUAUGAACAUCAAAGCAUUACAUGCAGGUGUUUGUCGCAUAACUACAGUGAACUCUGCUUUCAAAAACCAUGUGAAAAAAAUUGAAAAUUCAAGAGAAAAGCAAAACCCAUGCAUGUGUUGCUCAUAUGCUGCUUUGCAGACAUUUUGAACAACGUACGGUUUUACCAUACUCCUUAAAUUCUUGAGUUAGCAUUUAGCUUCAGAUGAUGAUGAAGCGGGUCACGUUCUGGAAACAGAGCAAAGGCGAUUCCUCCAUCGGCAGACUCCACCUUCAGUACAAGAUGUGUGAGAAAUAUUGCAGUCUCCAGUCUAAUGCCGACAUCUCCAUAGAUCUUUAAGGAGUAUCUGGACAGCUCAUAACAUUCACAUAUGAAUACACAUAAAUACGUCAAACUACUGUGGCAGGAAUUAUAGUAAAGGACGUUUUGAAGGGGAGGGGGGUUGGAGCUGAGACUUGGUUAGUAAAUUGAUGCAGAAUGUUAUAUUUGUUGGGUGGUUGGCUGGUUGGUUGGGUCGGAAUAAAGAUUAUUUUACGUUAUUGUGGGUGGAAAUUGGAAAUGUGCCUGAGCACGAUGGCGACAACGUGCACAGAUUGAGUGGACAUGUUGAAUUUGUCCGACCCUCAUGUAAAAAAAAAAAGAAAAAAGAGUAGAAAAAACAAACUACAGAUCUGUACAACUUGUAAAUGAUUUAAUCAGCAUGUUACACUUUCUUAAAAAAAAACAAACAAAAAAA